GCAAGAUUCCUCCUUAGGGAUAGGUAGUGAGCUUUCUGAUCAGCUGACGUGAGGUUCAUUAUCAUGGCAGCCCGAGGCGGAGUCAAUCCCUAUGCGUAAGCUAGCUGCACCAGACCGACAAGACAGCCAUCACGCACGCAGACACGCGCACCCGCACCGAGCAACCACACUCAUGCACGCGGCGCGGCAGCACGAUGACCUGUCUGUCUGUCCAUAGCGUCCAGCCGAUGAAUACAUACCAAUGAAUCUCCUGUUGUCUGCUGCUUGUUGUCUGCUGCUGGACAGGGGCGGUGGUCGUGGUGGUGGUCGUGGUGGUGGUCGUGGUGGUGGUCGUGGUGGCGGGAUGCAUAUGUCGCCUGCGGCCGCUGCGGCUCCUGGAAUGCGUGGCGGCGGGCGGGGCGGCGCGGCCAUGAGAGGACGCCGAACCAGCGGAGGAAGCACACGGUCAGAUGACCCCACACAUAGGGGGGAGGGGAGGGAGAUGGCCUGUGAUGUGGUGUGGUGUGGUGUGUGUGUGUGUGUGUGUGUGUGUGUGUCAGUGAGAUGCCCAUCCGGGACCUCGACGCGAAUGUGCGCAACUGGGCUGUCAAAGCGCGAGUCGCUGACAAGUGAGGCGAGAAGGGGGAAUGGGCGAAGGGGAUGGGACGGACGGACGGACGGACGGACGGACGGACGGACGGACGGACGGACGGACGGGCAGACAGACCGACGGACAGAGAGACCGGCGUCUUGUUCGUUCGUGUCAUGGGUGGGUGCAGGCGCCCUGUGCGGGACUUCAAGAGCGGUGGGGGCAAGUACAUGAAGAUCACCAUCUGCGACCAAUCGGUCGGUCGGGGCCCACACACACACACACACACACACGCACACGUGAUGCCAUCCAUGCCUCCCUCCGUCAUGUGACCUGACUUUUGUGUGCGCACACCUCCUCCACACACAGGGUGAGAUUGAGGCGACCUUCUUCAACAACGCGGCGACGACGUUCGACCCCAUUGUGCAGGAGAACGGGGUGGGUGACCACACCACACACACAGACAGACAGACAGAGGGCGGCAGCCAGGCAGGCCUUUCACCUCCCUCCCUCCCUCCCCUCCUCCGUCUGUGUGUCUGUCUGUGUGUGGCAGGUGUACAAGUUCUCUCGUGGCCUCGUCAAGCUCGCCAACCCGCAGUUCAACAAAACCACACACCGAUACGAAAUCACAUGUAGCCGAGCCUAGCACAGCAGAGCAGAGCCACCCGCCGUGUGCUGCGCAAAGCGUGCUUGCACCGAUGGAUGGAUGGAUAUGUGUGUGUGUGUGUGUGUGAGUGCAGUUGACGAGUGGGCGAGCAUCGAGCCCGUGGAUGACGACCCCCACCUUCCGACGCAGCAGUACGAGUUCAAGCCCAUCGACCAGCUCGAGCAGCUCGCAGAAAACGCCAACAUCGACGUCAUCGGCGUCAUACACUCUUACGACCAAGCUAUGCAGAUCAAGACGCGAUCGGUGAGAUUGGGGCGAGGGGAGGGAGGGGGGUGUGCAAGGGUGUGGUUUGGUGUGGUGUGGUGUGUUAUGUGGUGUGGUGUCUGGCAGGACCCUCCCCGCGACGUCAACAAGCGCGACCUGACUGUUGUCGACCAAAGCGGGGUGGAGGUCAAGGUCACGCUGUGGGCCGAGAAUGUGCGGACACACACACAACACACAACACACAACACACGGCGCUCUGAUCCAUCCAUCCAUCCAUCUGUUGUGUGCAGGCCACGCAGAACGACAGUGUGUUCGACGGCAACCCGGUCAUAGCGCUCAAAGGUCACACACACGCAGCUCACACACACACACAGACCUGUCUGUCGGUGGGUCGAUCGAUCCAUCCAUCGAUCGGUCGGUCAGGUGCCCGCAUCAGCCGCUUCAACGACAGCACCUCGCUGUCGGCCAACAAGAUGGAGAUCCACCCGCAGUGCACUGAGGCCAACGCACUCUACCAGUGGUACCAUCAAUCGGUAAGCACAGCACGCACCCCAUCUGACCGUCGAAGCGGCCCAAUACACUCGUGUGUGUGUGUGUGUCUGUGUGUGUCAGGGCGGCGCGGCGCAGCCCAUUAUUCGGCUCAGUGCGCAGCGCGGGAUGGGCGGGGGCUCAUGGCCACUCAUAAAGGUCAGCAGCCGGAGAGAGAGAGAGAGAGAGAGAGAGACGGAGAGAGAUGCCUGCUACUCACCGGCCAUCACCAUCACCACCAGCACCGUGGGUACGUGUGGAUGGUGUGUGGUGUGUGUCGGCCAGACGAUCGAGGAGCACCGGUUGGCCUGCCAGACCAUGGGCAUGGGCGAGAAUGAGAAGACCGUCUCGACCAUCGCCGCCCACCUCUUCGAAAUCGACAAGCGCGAGAGAGGCAACAUCUACUACACGUGACUCAUUCAAACCACACACUCCUUUCCCCACCCCCACCGCGACACACACAGAUCAAUGACUUUAACCAACAGCACCCUCUCUCUCGGCGUGUGUGGUCCUGGUGUCCGUCGUGGACUGACUGGCUGCAGGGCGGAUCCGAAGGACCACUGCAAGGUGGAGCCUGACCCCAGUGGCGGGGGCGGCUUCGUACGCAACAAGGACGGCCAACACAUUCCCGAGUGCACCUAUAGGUCGGUCGGUCGGUCGGUCGCUGUGUGUGGAUAUAGGACUGUGUGACUGACGCGGUUGUGGUGGUGCGUCUGGACGGUGUGUCCCUGUGGUUGGUAGAUACAUCCUCAAGUCUGAGAUUCGCGACCACACCGGCAGCCUGGCCGUCUCGGCAUUCGACGAAGUCGCAAGAGUGAGUCGAGUCAACCGACCGACUCACACACAGCACACGACACAAAGGCGGGAGGGAGGGAGGCACCACACACGUGUGUGUGUGUGGUCCUGGUGCUGUGCUGCAUAUGGUGGUGCUCCGCUGAUCAGGUGUUUAUGGGGGGUGUGGAGGCGGCCGACAUAGCCGCUCAGCUGGACCAGCUGUCGGAGGAGGACGCCCAGGGCUACAUCGCAGCCGUCAAGGAAGAGCACGACGACAAGAAGGUAUACAUGUGAUCAAUCAGUCGAUGCGCGCACACACACACGCAGGCAGACAGACACCUGCCCACACUCUCUCUGCUCUGCCCUGCAGUUGUAUUGGUUCAAGAUCCAGUCCAAGCACGAGACCUGGAACGACCAGAUGCAGCUCAAACACGUCAGUUACACACACACACACGCAUACACACAGACGGCAGGGGACAGCCAUGGCAUGCGCCUGUGUGUGCAGGUGGUGUUGCGCGCUGAGGCCAUCAUGGGCGAGGCGUCGCAGGAGGGCACGGUGGCGGAGGGCAACAACCUCCUCAACCUGGUCGAGGAAAACCUCAACGACAUGGAAAUUCAGAACGCAAUCGCAUACCAGUACCCGCAGCAGCAGCAGCAGCAGCAGCAGUAGGGGGGCGGAGGGCGAGCGAGGGGGUGGGCCAAUGUAACAGCUAGCUCGGUCACUGACAGACAUACACACAGACGGACGCCCCUUGUUGGUUCAGUGCUGGCUCUCUCUCUUCUCACACUCACUCUCUCUGUGUGUGUCUUACCUGUCUGUCCGUCUGUCUGCCUGCACGUGUGUGCGUGUGUGUUUUUUGUAUCGUCGCGCGUGUGAUUGAAUUGAUGGGUACAUGUGCUGCGCGGUCCUUUAUCGACGGCAGGUGGGUGGGCUGGUCGAUCGAUGUAGAGGGGCGCCCGGGGGACUGACAAGGAGGGAGGGAGGCUCUUGUAGUAAGGAGCUGUAGCUUAGCGGCUGGGUGCGCACCACCCUGUGUGUGUGUGGCAAGGUGGGUGAGGGGAGAUACUCUGACUGACCAUGGAUACCAUGACCCUCUCUCUCCCGUGCUUGAGCCUCUGCUGGUCGGUCGACUGAAUGAGAUGCCAUUCCA